AAGUUUUGUUUCCCAACUGCAGGUGUUGGGGGUGUAAUCUCCCCAGUGGCUGAGCAGCUGGGGAUUGCUAGAUGGGAAAGGACUGGCUUUCGGGAGGGGUGGUACUGUAGGGCGGCUCCCAGUGGACUUGCUUGGUUUGUUGGGACUGAUCUUAUUUCACAUUUAACUCGUGACCUUGGCACCAAAAGUGGGAGCGUUUGGCUGGCACGCUCUGGGGAGGGGCUGCCGAUACAGGGCAGGAUCGGGGUAGGCCAGGAGAGCUAGAGGAGCUUGAGAACUGGAGCAGUAGGAAUGGGAUGAAAGUAGAAGAACAUGAGCAUGGGGACCAGCAAGAAGAAUGUUUGUGAUUAGCUGGGCUGGCCGCAGGGUGACCACGAGCCCCCAGCGUGACGAGGGUGGAAAAGGCUGUCUUAGCAUGCACCAGCUGGCUCAUGCCAUCCGACUGCUGCUGGAACAUGCGGGCGCACCCUACGAGGACAAGCAGUACACCCCCAGUGGGGAUGGCCCGGAUUACGACAUAAGCCAAUGGACGAACGAGAAAGAGAAGCUGGGGCUGGAUUUCCCGAACCUGCCCUACCUCAUCGACGGCCCGACCAGGCUCACCCAGAGCAACGCCAUCCUGCGCUACCUCGCGCGCAAGCACCGGCUGGCUGGCGAGAGCGAGGAGGAGAUGCAGAGAGCAGACAUGCUGGAGAACCAGGUGAUGGAUUUCCGCCUGAGCUUUGCAAGGAUCUGCUACAGCCCUGAGUUUGAGAAGCUGAAGCCAGAGUACAUGGAGCAGCUGCCAGGAAAGCUGAAGCUGUUGUCCCGGUUCCUGGGGGACCGGAAGUGGUUUGCCGGGGAAAAGCUCACCUAUGUCGACUUCCUUGCGUACGAUGUCCUGGAUCAGCACCGCAUGUUCGAGCCCAAGUGCCUGGAUCAGCUGAAGAACCUGGAGGAUUUUCUUAACCGCUUUGAAGCCCUGGAGAAGAUCGCUGCCUACAUGCGUUCUGGUCGCUACAUGAAGACCCCCAUUUUCUGGAGAACUGCUCAGUGGUGCAACAAGAAGGAGUAGCUCCGCUGGAGCUGAGCAAGUUCUCCUGGCUUUGAUGCCCACGGGCCCGUUGAGCAUCUGAGAAAGAGACGGGGGGACCCUUUUAGCCUGGUACGCCCCAUUAAAGACCAAACCACAAAUAGCCUAAAUCCGCAAGCCCUGUUGUAUCCUAAGUUAGCUGCGCUGUUUCCCAGCUACUGGCUAAUAUAAAUAUUUUGGAGAUUGGUUAGUGA